UCCGCGAAGUGGGUCCUGUCGUCUAUUGCACCGGAGAGGAAAGCAGAAUCGGGGGCGCCUGUUCUCCAAGUGGCGCUUGGUCGGAAGGCGCGCGCAGUUGCAAGAAUGGCGAUGGCGGACUUGUUCACCGACGAGGAGAUCAAGAAGACGUUGAGAGCCUUUGAGGCUACCAAUUCUUUUGAGUACAAGAAAUUCUUUGAGAUGUUGGGAUUGAAAAAUAAAAGCCUUCAAGAACUGAAUACAUUUUUUAGCAUUCUGGAUACAGAUAAAAAUGGCUAUCUUGAACCUGAUGAAAUACAGUUGAUGUUGCAGGAUUUUUCCCCCAAUAGCAGGCACCUCACUGAUAAAGAAACCCAGGAAUUCAUGGGUGCUGGAGAUAAAGAUGAGGAUGGCAAAAUAGGCAUCGAUGAAUUUAUUAUCCUGGUGAAUCAGUCAUAAAGGUUUGGACUAACCUGAAUCUUCUUCUGUCGUUUACCACCUGAUUCCACUUGUUUUGUAUUGACCUCUUUUGUUCUUCACCUGUUCAUCUAUCCUGUUCUAUACUUCAACUCUGUCCCCUGCAGCCCUGUAACACUGUAAUUGUGCUGGAAAAUGCUCUUAAAAUAAUAAAGGUCACAUCAAUCUGGA